CUCACGCUUCCACGAGUUCUACAGAAAGCGGUGCUCCGAACAGCGGCUUUUUACCUGUUGAGAAAAAUACAACAAAAAGAGACCCAUAUAGCGAAGAAAGAGCUCCGAAAGCUCUUCUUUCACGCUCAAUGGCCUACCAUUUCUUCUCCGAUAUUUGUAGAUUUCAUUUUCAAGGUUGUGGUUCCGCUCCUGCAAUUCUGCCUCAAGCCUCAGAGCCCAUGAAUCUCUUGAAGACUUAGAAUCCCAUUGAUGAGAAUCACAAAGAGUGAUACUUUAUGGCGAGGGCACCAUCAUCUAUCGUAGUCUUCAUUCGCCAAAACCCUCGCACUCGCCAAAACCCCAAUACCCAGAUCCGAAGCCUCACUUUUGAGAACAAAGAAGGUGAUUGUGGCAACGAAGAAACCAAACCAAACCCACAUCGCGAACCAUCACAAAACGCACAGAAUGAGUUCACGGAGAUUGCCAAAGAGGUUUCUAAGAUCACGAGAACGAAACCCAGAUGGGAGCAGACCCUGCUCUCCGAUUUCCCUUCCUUCAAUUUCUCUGAUCCCAGGUUUUUAAACGAGGUAAUGAAGCACCAAAACAAUGUGCUUCUCUCGCUCCGUUUCUUUCACUGGCUAUGCUCUCACAGGGGUUUCUUACCUGAUUCGUUGUCGUUGAAUGCGCUUUUUGAUGCGCUUGUUGAGGCUAAGGCCUGUAUUGCUGCAAAAGAUUUUCUUGAUUACACGGGUCUUAAGCCCGAGGCGGCUUCUUUGGAGUGUUACAUUCGGUGUCUAUGUGAGGAUGGGUUGGUCGAGGAGGCGCUUGGCGUGUUUGAUAGGUUGAGAGGGGUUGGAGUUUGCCCAUCGAUAGCUACUUGGAAUUCGGCUUUAUCAGCUUUUCUUAAGGUUGGGAGGACUGAUCUUGUUUGGAAAUUAUAUGUAGAGAUGAUGGAAUCUGGUGUUUUGACAAAAGUUGAUGUUGAGACUGUUGGGUAUCUUAUUCGAGCUUUCUGUGAUGAUGACCAAGUUUCAAAAGGUUAUGAACUUCUUAGACAGGUUUUGGAAGAUGGGUUAGACCCUGGAAAUGCUGCUUUUAACAGAUUGAUAUCUGGGUUUUGUAAGGAGAGGAAAUAUACCAAAGUAUCUGAACUCCUUCACACGAUGAUUGCAAAAAACCGUGCUCCUGAUAUUUUUACAUAUCAAGAAGUCAUCAAUGGGCUCUGCAAGAAAAGAAAGCCGCUUGAGGGUUUUCGGGUCUUCAAUGAUCUAAAGAAUAGGGGGUAUGCCCCCGAUAGGGUCAUGUACACGACAAUGAUUCAUGGUCUUUGCAAGAUGGGAUUGCUUGGGAAUGCUAGGAAGCUGUGGUUUGAGAUGAUUCAGAAGGGUUAUAUUCCAAAUGAAUACACAUACAAUGCACUGAUUUUUGGGUUCUGUAAGAUUGGUAAUCUUGGAGAGGCCAGGAAGCUGUACAAGGAGAUGUGUGAUAGAGGUUACAGAGAAACCACGGUCAGUUACAAUACAAUGAUUGCAGGGUUGUGUUCAAAUGGAAGAACAGAUGAAGCUCAUAAGCUGUUUGCAGAAAUGCCUUGGAAGGGUGGUGUUCGUGAUGUGAUCACAUACAACACUCUGAUUCGAGGUUUUUGCAAGGAAGGCAAGAUAGUAGAGAGUACAAAUCUGUUAAAUGAACUCCUGGUGCAGGGAUUACAGCCAUCAACUCCCUCAUUUACCCCCAUUAUUAAAAAGCUUUGUCAGGUGGGAGACAUUGAAGAAGCCAAAAAGUUGUGGAAUGAUAUGCAAAGUAGGGGUCUGACACCGAUGGUCUAUACUCAAGAUCAUAUCAUUACUGGCUUGUGUGAGCAAGGAUAUGUUAAAGAGGGGAUGGAAUGGUUGUUAGAAAUGCUGAAGCAUAAGCUCAAACCAAGAGAAGAUACUUUUAAGAGACUGGUCCACCGUCUCUUACAAAGGGACCAGUCUGAUGAUUCUUUACUUGUAUUAGAUUUUAUGUUGAAGAUAGGUUAUACUCUCGAAAGGCAUAUAUGCCAGUCUCUGGUUAAUAAACUUUGCAAAGAGAAUUCCGGAUUUGCCGAAACACGAGUAGCAGAUAUCUUAGGAUGAAUGUGAGGUAUCAAUACUCUUCUGGAUGUUGUUUGUAGCUUUUAUGCCAUAUUUAUGAUCAAAUUUACCAAGAGGAUCAGUUGGGUGUUUUUUUAAU